AUGAGAACCAUCAGCACCUUAGUCUUCCUUGCAGCUCUUCUCGCCCUAGUGGCUGCUGAACAGAGUUCUGGUAGCAAGGCCAGAAAGGAAAGUGCUCUCUCCAAGAUUGUGCCACGACUCCUGUGGAAUCUUAAGCGCGGCGACCAGGAAAGCCACCGAAACUCCCAGCAACCCAUCAUCAUUGUCCAGCAGCCCAGCAAGCACUCCGAUUACGACGAGGACAGGCACUAUCACCACCACAGACCACACUAUCCCUACUAUCCGUACUACCCACCACCACCACCACCCACUCGUCCUCCUCCGCCACCAUAUCCAGGCAUGGAGUACUUGAACAAUUCCGGUGGCGGACCCACCUUCCUGGUCAUCAACCCCAACAAUAUGCAAGGCAUCUACCUGCCAGCCUCCAGUAGCAAUAGCUCCAACUCGACCUCCGCCCGCCGCAGCGCCUUCGUGCCUUCGAUCGCCGAUCUGCUGCAGGGCCUUAGCCUGGAAGAUCUCUCCGAUGGCAGCCUGUUCGAGGAUGACUCCGAUGUGGUCGAAGCAGCCGAGGACGGCACCGUGGAGCUGGCUGCCGAGUCUAACGGAACUCCGUCGCUGGCUAAUGAUGAUCGCGACGAGGAUUUGGUCUCCGAGGAGGAUAUCGAAGCACUCGAUCGCCAGAGCAACCGCGGCGUGAGUCCCAAGCACCUGGUAUCGAUCCUCAUGCAGGACAAGCGGCGUCGCCGCAUCCAGGAGGUCCUGGCCGGCAUUUAUAUGAGGAACUACAACCUAAACAGAAAGUAG